AUGGAUGCCUGCGUAGAGCCCGCCGCCGCCGUCCGCCGCACCGCCGCGGCAAAGACCGGCCUGAAGAGGAAGCGCAUCGCCGUCGGGAGCACGGAGCUGUAUGAGUUCGACGAGACCAGCCGCCUCGGCGCGGGUGCCUUCGGCGCCGUCUUCAAGGCCCGCCACCGCGCCACGGGCCAGAGCGUCGCCAUGAAGCGCCACAGCACGGCCGACGGCGGCCACGCUACUCUGCUACGCGAGGCGCGCUUCCUCGAGGACGCGUGCUGCGGCGGCGCCAACCCAUUCGUCGUCGGCUUCCACGGCGUCGUCCGCGACCCGGUCACCUGGCAGAUGUGCCUCAUUAUGGAGUGCGUGGCGAGCAGCCUCCACGACCUCCUCCGCCAACGCCCCCGCGGGAGCCCGCCGCUGCCCGAGGCCAACGUGCGCGCCGCCAUGUGGCAGCUACUUUCGGGCGCCAAGAAGAUGCACGACGCCCACAUCAUCCACCGCGACAUCAAGCCCCAGAACAUCCUCGUCGACGAGAGCCAGAGCAUCGUGAAGAUCUGCGACUUUGGGCUAGCCAUAUCCACGGACGAGCGGCCCCCGUAUGAGCCGGCCGGCACGCUGUGGUACCAGGCGCCCGAGAUGCUGCUGGAGAAGCCCGACUACGACGCCAAGGUCGACGUCUGGUCGCUUGGCUGCGUCAUGGCGGAGCUCGUCAACAACGGCACACCUCUAUUCCAAGGAUCCCACGACGACGGACAGCUCUGCGCGAUCUUCGAUGUGCUCGGCGUUCCUGAUGACAGCACGUGGCCGUGGUUCUCGUCGACACCAUUCGCCACCGAGGUGGUGCCGGAGCUGGACAUGCAGCGGUACAACCUCCUGCGCGAUCUGUUCCCCGAGACGAAGCUGUCCAGGGAUGGAUUCGAGGUCCUCAGUGGCCUGCUCACAUGCAAUCCCGACAAGAGGCUGACGGCAGCCGCCGCGCUCGAACACCCAUGGUUCGCCAAGGUCGACGGUCUGGAGCUACCAAAGAAAGAGAAGAUUGCGUCCACGUUGCCCAAGCCACACAAACGACAGAGGUUGCGUGCUGUGUGCGUGUGA